AUGUUGGUCGGUGUAUUGCGGAUCACAAAAUCAGGGCUUUUAUCAGGGUUAAAUAAUAUCAUUGUUUACCCUUUGCAUCAAGAAAGCCAAUUCCCUCUUUACGUAGAUAAGUUUGGAUUCACGCCUGAUGAGGUAGAACUAUUACUGUCAAUGCGUGAAAACUUAAAAACUAAUGAUGUUCAGAAAUGGUAUGACGG